AUGGCAAAAAAACGACCUCUGGAAGACGAAUCAUCGGCAGCAGGCGGAGCCAAAAAACCCCGCAUCGAGGACAGACAUGACGACGACGAAGAGAUGUACGAUGUGCCGCUCGAAUCCGACGAACCUGAAGACACGAACGAUGUUCCUGACCCUGAGGAAGCCGAGGAAGAAGAGUCUCACGACACCGAUUUACCCAGAAUCACACUUGAUAGACUCGACUACGAGAAAGGCAAUUUCCCCGAUCGUCUCGUGUAUGUUGACAACGGAAAGAUAUUCCCAGGAUAUCACAACCCGACUAUUCCAACCUAUGCAAUGCCCAUGGUGUCCGAACCCUCACCCUUACCUGCCCCGCUCGCUACACUUGCAGCAGCUCUUCCACUUCCAGGAAUGGCUCUCGGCGAGCUUUCUAAAAGGCUCAGAAAGGCCGUGUUGAAGUUGCCUUCGUUCGCCAUACCUCUGGUCUUGACGUCAACUCCAGAGAAAGACGAGAUUGUCGAGUUGUUCCAGAAUGUCAAAAGGCUAGAUGGAGGCUGGAUUGGCGUCGAGGGUAGACUCGGAAAAGGUGGCCAGGGUUGCGCUCGGCUCUUUGUCAAACUCGAUGACCGAAACAGGAUCACCAAGAGAAUCGUGGUCAAAGACAGUUUUCAGAAACUGGAAAUAUGGGUUGAGGAUAACUGGUGGGAAAGUGGCAGAUUUGGAAUCGAUCCUCGGGAGUCGAUAGUGAACAAAAUCUUGAGUUUGCCAACGCGCCAGAGGUGGGAGCGAUAUAUCGUCGAGUAUCUUGGCCAUUCUAUCAAUCACCAAUGGAAGACCAACAGGACCUAUAUGGAGUACUGUGACGGGGGAGACCUUCACAAGUUGAUGAAAGCUCAAAGACACACAUACCGACAUCUUAACCCGAAUUAUGAUCCUGACAUUCCCGGUGGAGAAGACUCUUACAAUCCAAAGUCGGUCAAGGUUUCGGCUGGAGCGGUGAUCCCUGAGCAGUUCGUUUGGUACUACUUGAAGCAGAUGGCAGUUGCAUUACAUCGCAUGAACAACAUACCCAUCCGCAAGAACAAAGGCGACUUUGUGGUCCAUCAAGACAUCAAACCAGAAAACAUCUUCUUGACAAAUCCAGAUCCUUAUGAGUUCCCAAGAUAUCCAGUCUGCAAGGUUUGGCAAAUCGCAAUGGCAAUCGUGACACUGAUGAGACUUGAGUAUCCAGAUCAGAUAAAGUACAAAGAACGGGAUUUGGAUGAAGAAAAAAUGCACUCACUCAACGAUCUAGCUCAAGACUACAGUGUCGCACUCAGAGACAUGCUUGAGGAAAUGUUACAAACCAACCCCGGAGCUCGACCCACGCCACAAGAUAUUAUCGAGUGGUUCUAUGAAAACAAGGAUGAGUGGAAGGAAAUGGCCACAGCGCCGACCUGUGAUGAUUUCGACUUACAUCCAGCAUGGCUGCACUGGUCGCCAAGUGAAAAGUUUCAAAUCGACGACUUGUUCGAUAAUGCGAAGAUAGGAGGUCUACCGGUACCCAGCUCGAAUGACGAGGAUUCUUCGGAUGAUGACGAUGAAGAUGAUGAGCACAAAAGUCCUCUGAAGGCCAAGGGCAAGAAGGGAGUCAUAAACAUUCCGGACGCAAGCGGAGCCUAUGCUGGGGACGAAGAAGAAGAUGAGGAAGAGGACGAAGAGGAGGACGAGGAAUAUGACGAAGAAGACGGGGAGGAAGAUGAGGAUGAGGAUGAAGAUGAAGAUGGGGAAGAAGACUACGACGAAGACGACCCCAUGGAAGGUUCGAGUGGUCCAAGUCUGACUAGUGGUAGUGAAUAUGUACUGCCCUCUGAAGAUCACGACAUACUGAUGGAGGGUGUGAGUAGAGGGAGUGCUAGUUAUUAA